AUGAAGUGCGAAAGUGAGGGCAUGAACAACCUCCAAGAUGACCGACCAAUGGAUUGGCAUGGACCGGACGACCCCGACAACCCACGAAACUUCUCACUCGGCAUGAAGCUACUGGGCAUCUCUAGUGUGACCUUGUUAGCGUUCGUGAGUGCCUUUGCGGGUGCGAUCUAUGCACCGGCGCAGGAGGAAGUGAUGAAGGCGAUGGGGUGCAGCUCCGAGGUGGCCAUGCUACCUCUCUCUUUGAACAAUCUUGGAAUGGCAUUCGGGCCGAUCAUCGGGGCUCCUCUGUCCGAGAAAUAUGGGCGCAAAGCCGUCUAUCUCGCGACCACCCCUAUAUUCAUUCUGUUCAUGGUGGGCGCCGCCGUGUCCCAAACGAUCUCGGGCCUGAUUCUGUGUCGGUUCUUCGCGGCGAUAUUUGGCUCUCCCAACAUCAGCAACGCUUCGGCAACAAUCCUAGAUUAUACACAUGACACGGAUCGCGGCUCUGUCCUCGCGGUCUACUAUGCCAUUCCGACUCUGGCGGCGACUGUGGCCCCCCUCGCGGGAGGCUUCGUGAUGAUCCAAACUGACGACUGGAGAUGGACCCAAUGGGUCCCCAUCAUUCUGGCCGGAGUGCUCUACUGCUCCGUAUUAUUCACCAAGGAGACGUACAAGGCAGUGAUCCUGCGACGUCGCGCCAACCGAUUGGGCGUGGAGAGUGGCGCAUCGCGCAAGACCACGGCAGGCCAAGACGUCCAACACUUCAUUGUCGUCCUUUUCCUGCGACCGAUGCACAUGCUCUUCACCGAACCGAUCGUAUCCCUGGUUAGCCUGUACAACGGCCUGCUGUUCGGACUCCUCUAUGCAUUUGUGACCUCGAUCUCCUGGGUCUUUUCCCACUACUACGGCUUCGGUCGAACGGGCCAGGCGCUUUCGUACCUCGGGGUGACCAUCGGAAAUUUGAUCGCCUGCGUUCCCCAGGUUCUGAUCGACCGGUUCUACUUCCAGCCCCGGCUACGUGCAUGGAAGCAGACGCAUGGGUCGGACGCUCGCAUGCCUCCCGAGGCUCGGUUGGUCUCGGCGAUGAUAGGCAGUGUGCUCCUGCCCGCGGCGCUGCUGAUCCUCAGCUGGACUGCCAACUUCCGCGUUCACUGGAUUGUCCCCAUCAUCUUCCAGGGCCUUUCGAUGUUCAGUUGCUUGCUGAUAUAUACCGGCGCGGGACUCUUCAUGCUGGACACCUACGGACCCCUGUAUGGUGCGUCGGCCUCCGGGGCGAUGAUGUUCAGCCGAUACUUCUUGAGCUGCGCCUUUCCUCUGUUCACUCUGCAGAUGUUUGAGGCCCUGGGGGUGGGCUGGGCUACCACUCUCCUGGCUCUGUUGACGCUUCUCCUGGCCCCAAUUCCGUGGAUCUUCUGGGUGUACGGGCCGCGGAUUCGCAAGGCGAGCAAAUACGAGACCACGUCGAACAAUCUCACCGACACUCGGUACCGAGUCCACGUCCUCCUCCACGAUCCCGAAAACCUCUACGCCUCCGACUCGCAGAAGCGGCUCGACAAGGUUUCCGACCUAUCCUACUUCGGGGAACCAUACUUUACGUCUGAGGAAGCAACCACAAUCAAGAAUACUAUGAUCGAAGGCCAAACAGUCGAGCAUCUCAUCGAGGAACGUCUGAGGGAGAGGUUGGAGCGCCGCAACAAGAAACGCACCGGGAGUGGAGAUUCCCACUGUGUGCGGCUCAGGACAGAGCUCCAAUUCUUGGGAGCCUGCUGGGCAUUGAUCUGAAGAUGCUCAGUAAGCAUUAGCAGUUCGGUCGAUUGAAUGAAAGAAAGGGACUGAAUUUGGAAGGGGACAGCUGGAGGGGACUGGAGAAGAGAUCGUUUGCCCCGCGGAGGAGAAGAAAGUGGCAAAUGAUUUUGUCGACUGUGGGAUGAAGGUCGCUUGUCGCAAGGGGGAAGCCUG